CGCGAGCUGCGAAAGAAGAGCAGGGGCAGGCCAAAACCAAGCGAAACACCAGCUGCGUCUGCGUGCACCACCCCCUCUACGGACCCACCCACCCGGAGCGAAGGGGAGACAGCAGCAGCAGCAGAAGCCGCGCGCGUGCAAACUGCAAUGGGCAACAGCAUCGGCGGGCGGCGCAAGGGCGCCAAGGUGAUGCAGCUGGACGGCACGGCGUUCCGCGUGAAGCCGCCGGCGUCCGCGGGCACGGUGCUGCGCGACCACCCGGGGUUCCAGCUGCUCGAGUCGGAGGAGGUGAAGCUGCUGGGCGUCCGCGCCCGGCCGCUGGCGCACGACGCGCAGCUCCGCCCGGGCCGCCUCUACUUCCUCGUCGCGCUGCCCCGGCCGGCCGCCCCGCCGCGCCGCGCCUGGUCCGGCGCGCUCCACGUCGGCGCGCGGGAGCGGCUCGAGUCGCUCAUGCUCACGCGCCGCUCCACCUCCGACCUCUCCCUCGCCGCCUCCGCGGGCACGGCGCCGCCGUCCCCGCUCUCCACGGCCUCCGAGGGCGGCGGGCCCGUCCGCCUCCGGAUGCGCCUGCCCAAGGCGGAGGUCGACAGGCUCAUGGCCGAGAGCCGCGACGCCGCCGACGCCGCUGCCAGGAUCAUGCAGCUCUGCGCCGCCGCCACGCCCGACCGGACCCCGCGGUUCGUGCCCACUCCGGACUGGGGCGCUGGCGCCGCCGCCGCCGCGUUCCCGCAGACGCCCGACCGGAGCCCCAGGUUCGCGGCGACGCCCGACUGGGGCACUGGGUUCAUGAUGCCGCCGGGCGCUGCGGCUGCGCCGACGACGCCGGAGAGGUGGCCCGCGCUGCCCCGCACUCCGGAGUACGCGUCGCCGGGCGUCAAGGCUAGCCGGAAAGAGAAGCGAACGCGGUUCGUGGCGCUGCCAGAUGAGAUAAUCGCGUGACCUUUUUCUCUCUUCCUCUGCCGCCGGAGAUGAAAGGACGAC